AAUAUUCUCUCUCUCUCUCUCUCUCUCUCUCUCUCUCUCUCUUCCUUAUUUCGCAUUAAAACUGUCCAAAGUUGUUGUCUUUAUCCUCCAAAGAAAAAUGGCACCCAGGAAAAGAACAGCUGUGGAGCCCUCGACCAGGGUGACUCGGAGCUCGACUCGCCUGGUCAACGCCAACUCGGACAACCCGGUGGAGCCGCCCAAGGCCAAGAAGCCCAAGAAAACCACCGCCGCCGCCGCCGCACCCAAGGAAGGGAAAGCAACCCUCCCGCCGCCGCCGGCGGAGGAAGGGAAGACCAUCGUGAUAGAGCACUGCAAGCAGUGCAACUCGUUCAAGACUCGGGCUUUGACGGUGAAGGAGGGGCUGGAGAAAGGCGUCGCUGGCGUGAACGUGGUGGUCAACCCGGAAAAGCCCCGGCGGGGAUGCUUCGAGAUCCGCGAAGAGAAUGGGGAGAAGUUCAUCAGCCUUCUGGAUAUGAAGAGGCCAUUCGCACCCAUGAAGGCUCUCGACAUGGAUAAGGUUGUCUCCGACAUCGUUGAGAAAAUCAAAUGAUUAAAUCCCCCACUCUCGCAGAUUUGGGGUUUCUCUAUUAUCAGUUUGGGACUUUUUUCAGUUUUUUUUUUUGGGAAAUCUUUUGCAGUCGGAUUCCUGAUUUUAGGGCGUUCUUUGGAGGAAAAAACAGAAAUCUUUUAUCAUCAUCGUACUGUUUCAUGUUGUUUAGGUAGGAAUUUGGAUGAAUGCUGAUGUACCUCAUUGUAAUCCAGACUUAUGAAUUCCAUUUUGUUUCU